UUACACAUGUUUGUUCCCGCUGGUUGAGGCCUUGUGGCGCGCUUUUCCGAAGUUUCCCGUCAGUCCGGCCUCCUGAGCUCAGCGAGGUCUUUUCCGGGCCGCUGGAGCGGAGGGCAUUCAGUCUCCCAGUUUCGGUUCUCGGACUCCUGCCGGCUCCCAGGCGCGAAAAACAGGCGAGGCCGAUUCCUUCUCUACGUAGGCGGGCAGUUUGCCCUCCAGGGUCGCUGUCCCGUUGCUCCGAGCGGAGAGCCUUGACUGAGCGGGCUUGUGGCGGAGGGAGUGCAAUGCAAAGGGCUUCACGGCUGAAGAGAGAGCUGCAGUUACUGACCACAGAGCCACCACCAGGUAUUACCUGCUGGCAGAAUGGAAAUCACAUAAAUGAACUUCGAGCCCAAAUAUUAGGAUGUGCAAACACCCCAUAUGAAAAAGGAAUUUUUGACUUGGAAGUAGUUGUGCCUGAAAGGUAUCCAUUUGAACCUCCAAAAAUGCGCUUUCUUACUCCCAUUUACCAUCCCAACAUUGACUCGGCUGGAAGAAUUUGCCUGGAUGUUCUUAGAUUACCACCCAAGGGUGCUUGGAGGCCAUCCCUGAACAUUGCUGCUUUGCUAACUUCCAUCCAGAUCCUUAUGAAUGAACCCAAUCCUGAUGACCCUCUCAUGGCUGAUAUAUCUUCAGAGUAUAAAUACAACAAGCAAGCAUUUCUCAAAAAUGCCAGACAAUGGACAGAAAAAUAUGCAAGCCAGACAACAAUGCCUUUAGAAAUCAACGAAGAAAAUCACAAAAGCGGGACUGACCUCCCAAAAGAUUCCAGUGUUUCCCAGAAAAGGAAAGGAAGCAAUAUAAGUGGAUUGUCCAAAAAAUCUCGCUUAGAAACAUAAUGAUUUCCUGCUAUAGUACUUCAGUGGCUGUUGCUGUUUGUUCUUAGUGUAAUUUUCCAUCCUUUAAAUAGGCUUGAUGCAAUUAAUAUACUGUUUACUCAUUAUGUAAUGCUAGUCUUAUUGUGUCAGUGACAUGAUGUCCAGUGUGGCAUAUUAUUUAAAAAUCUUCUUACACUAUUUCUGUAGCAUACUUUAAUCUUUCCGUGAAGAGUAUCUUCCACUGUACUUUGUGUAUAUUUAGAAUGAAAGCAUGAAUAAAUAGUAAUUUGAAUUUGUUAUGACUGAUGUCAUGAAUGGAUUGUAAACAGUUGCUUUUGAUAGUUAAAAAUGCUAUGUGGUUUCUUCAUCUUCACUUGCUACACUAUGAAUAAAUAUAAAGAUGUAUAUACUUGCUGUUUUUCAGCUUUGGAAGUCAUACUAUACUUUUGGCAAACUGCAUAUUGGUCUGAACAACUCAGACUUUCAAGGAUGAAUCCAUCCAUCCAUACAUUUAAAUGUAUUUUCAUUAGUAGGAAAAAACUAAGGCUUUAUCCAGUUGUAGAAUAGUUGGUUAGAGGGAGAAAGAAACUGUAAGAACCAUAUGAAUGCUAUAACCCUGACCUCAUUUGAACAUGUCGAUUUUUUCCCACCUGGCUUUUGGUUUUCUUUCUAGCAGACCUACAGUAUAUUAACUCUGAUAUGUGAUAUGAAACUACACUGCAGCAAGCCUGCUGUUAUACAGAGUGAAUUAGGGGAACCCCUAUCAUUUCUCAUUUUACAGUUUGGGAAUGUAAAUGUUUAGUUUACAGCCAUGUGCCAAUUUUAGAAUCUCCAGAUGUUUAGAUAUACUUUAUUGGGCACUAGAAGAAGAAGAGCUUCACCUUAAAUUUCUUUGCAGCUACUUGAUUUUGAGGGACGUUUCUUCCCAUUAUAUGCUUUCUCUAAAUUUAGGGUUAACAAUGGAUACAAAACCAUCAAAAGAAAUUGAUUUUUUUUUCAUUUCAAAGAGGUAGACGAGGGAGUUUUGUACAUAUGUGUGAAUAUAGAUCCUUAGUCCUGUGUACAUGUUCAGUUUGUAGCAGUACACACAAUCUAUUCGAAAUACUUCUGCAAGAUUCCAUUCCUCAUGCUUUUGUAUUUGCUCUCUAGCUUUUUUUUCUCUUUUAAUAGUCAGUAUGCUCUGGCUGGUAAGCAUGCUCAGUUUUCAUUAGGUUCUUUAUAUAAGUGGUAAUGGGAAUUGCCUACAGACCUAUUAUUCCCCAGUGGACCUGCUUCAGCCAAAAUUCUGGUUGCAUAUGUCAUCUGUGUACAUGCAGUUAGAAGAAAAUAAAUAUUCAGCGAAUUCUUUAGAACACAUUGCACAUUUCCUGCAAAGCACAUAGUAAACUAUACAAUUAUAGACAUUUACCAAAAAGCAGGGUUUGGAUUUUAUUGUAUCAUAUAAUCUCUAUAUCCUUAAAAUUCGGUGAUCUCUUAAAAUCUUGAUUUUAUUUUCAUUUAUACCAGGUCUGUCCUAACACUGACAUGUAAAAAUACUUAAUUGCCAUAUUAUAUUAUUACCAUAUUAUCAGUCUGUAUUUUUGUUAAAAAUAUGUUCUGAACUACUAUUUGAAGGUAAUAAAUAAACUUAGAUUUACAGUAUUUUCAGAACUGGAAAACCUGAAUUUAAGUCAUAACAUCUUCAACAGCUGUUCACAACCCAUUUCUAAUAAACUGCAGCUUUCUAUGUG